AUGGAAGCCCUGGGGCUGGAGCGGGAGACGGGAUCCGCACCGCCACAGCCCUCCGAGCCCAUUCGCUUCGGAAUCGAUCAGAUUCUGGGCUGCCCGCCGCCGCAGAGCUGCGUCGGCGAAACAGCAGCCCUCGAGGGCCACGGGGAAGCAGACCUUGCCCGCCAAAGCAGCGGCUACGAGGCAGAAUAUGGUCCCGCGUGCUCCCUCGGGGCGUACGUUCUUCCGGAGGCGUCGCCGGGCGGGGUGAUCCGAGUGCCCGCGCACCGCCCGAUUCCCUCCGUGGCCGUCCAUCCUCGGCCGGCGGGAGCCAGCCUUCCCUUCCCUUGGAUGGAGCACAGCAGGCGACUGACCAAGGACCGGAUGGCAGCCGCGUUGCCGCCCUUCCCCGUGGCCAGGCGGGUCGGCCACCCGUAUCAGAAUCGCACGCCGCCCAAGCGCAAGAAGCCGCGGACGUCCUUUUCCCGAGCGCAGAUCUGCGAGUUAGAGAAGCGGUUCCACCGGCAGAAAUAUUUAGCGUCCGCAGAGCGAGCUGCCCUGGCCAAAGCGCUGAAGAUGACCGACGGCCAGGUCAAGACGUGGUUCCAGAACCGUCGCACAAAGUGGAGGCGACAGACGGCGGAGGACCGCGAGGCGGAGCGCCAGCAGGCCAGCCGGUUGAUGCUGCACCUCCAGCCGGACCCCUUCCCGAAGAGUCUGGGGCAGCCGCUGCAGCAGGACCCUCUCUGUUUGCACAACGCCUCGCUCUUCGCCCUGCAGAACCUGCAGCCCUGGGCAGAGAACCACGAGGUUACCUCAGUCUCCGGAGCCGCCACCCUGGUGUGA